AUGGUCCAAUUGUCCAAAUUAAUUGCGGUGGUAGCAGCAUGCUUAGCUACACCAGCUAUUGCUCACCCCGGUGAGAAGCAUGAUCAUCAUGCUGUAAAGCGUGAGGUUCAUGCUCGUGAUGCUAUGGCGGCGGCAGCAAAGCGAUCGCUCGGUGGCUGCGAAAGCAGUCUGCAUGCACGGGAGUUGGCAAAGCGAAACGUUGCUCGUCGUUCCCGAACCGUCCAGCAGCUCCGUGAGAAGCGUGGUGUCACUGCCAAUGCUCAUAAAUGGCGGCGCGACCUUGCUGCGCUCGAGAAGUACGAAGCUGUCAACCAUAACAAGACCGACAUUCUUGGCUAUUCGCCCGCCACUCCUGAGUCUGUUGUAUUCGCUGCGAACACAAGUUGUAUCUUAACACCGACAGUCACUGAUGGCCCUUACUACGUCUGGGGAGAAGUGUUCCGCCAGGACGUCAAAGAGGAAAUGUACUCUGAUGGUGUGGACAUUCACUUGGAAGUGCAGUAUAUCGACAUCAACACAUGCCGACCAAUUCCCGGUGCUGUCGUCGACAUUUGGCAAGCAAAUGCCACGGGUGUUUAUAGUGGUAUCUCGGUUUCCGGCAACUAUGCAGCCGAUGGUUGGGACAGCACUUAUUUGCGAGGUCUUCAACAAACCGACAAAGACGGUGUUGUGACCUUCGACACAAUUUUUCCCGGUCACUACGACGAGCGCGCAACACACACCCAUCUCUUGACCCAUCUCAACGCUACUAUUCUUCCCAACAAAACCUUGGAAGUGGGCACUGGCAGCAUUGCUCACAAUGGCCAGUUGUUCUGGAACGAGGUUCUUCGUACCGCAGUGGAGAACACAUACCCAUACAACACAAACACCCAGUCCGUCACAUCAAAUGCCGAAGAUAUGUGGUCUGUAAAGCAGGCCGAUAGUGCCUAUGAUCCAUUCCCCGAAUACAUCUAUCUCGGCGAGGACCUUGACGACGGUCUCUUUGCUUGGAUCCAGAUCGGCCUCAACUCCACCGCCGACUACACAGACAACUCGUACUAUAGCAUUGCAGCCUAUUACGAUGCCGAGGGAGGCCACGAGAACUCUGACAGUGCAGCUAUGGGUGGUGGCAGUGGUGGCAGUGCUCCAAGCGGCAGCAUGACUAUGUCUUCUUCACCCAGCGCCUCUGCUAGUGUCUCUUCAUAG